GAAAAUUUUGUCCAGUUAUAAAAUAUAUAUAUGGUAGAUGAAUUCUGUUUGUUAUAUACGUUGAUGUUAUAUUCGUGAAGUGCAUUAUAAAUAUGGCGAAAUUGUUAGGUUUGGAUAAGAUCGGGAAGCUGUUCCAAAUAAUAAAACACAAUAAAGGAAUUAUUAAUUCUGUGAAGACAUUAUUUAGAACUGAUGAUUUAAAAUCAGGAGUCCUAAUUGGUGAAGAUAAAUAUGGGAAUAAAUAUUAUGAGAAUAAUAUGUAUUUUGUGGGUCGUAACAGAUGGGUCAUAUACUCAGAACAUGUAGGAUUAAAUUAUGAUGGUUCACAAGUCCCACCAGAAUGGUUUGGAUGGUUACAUUACAAGACUGACUUGCCACCUCAUCAAGAUCCAUCACGACCAAAUUACGAAUGGAUGUUAGAUCAUGAACAAAAUUUUUCUGGUACUUCAAAGGCUUAUAUGCCUUAUACAACAACAAAACCAAAAAUUAUACCUUGGAAGCCACCAACUUCAAAAUAGACAAUUAAUGCUAGAGUGAAGUAGUCUACUAUUGUUUCCAUGAUUCAUAUAAUUAAAGCAGAAUAAUAAAAUGAAUCUGUAGAUAUUAA